AUGUGGUACAGUGCGUGCCGGUUCCUUUGUCAGUAUCACACAGUUUUACUCUUUGUGCUGAACCUGCAGUGGGGGGGCUGGAACUGUCAGGAACAGAUAGCGCUCAUAGCAGGGUUUAUAAUAGAGGCCCCAGCAGAGGUGACAGUGCAGAGGGGGCUCUGUGUGCGCAUCCCCUGUAAAUUUCCUGUUGGUGCUGAUGAUACCUUAACCAGAGAUGCCAUUGGAAUCUGGUAUAAAGGAUAUAAUGGAAAUUUAAAUAAAAAAAUAGUUGCAGCUUCUACUAACUCCUCUCAGUUCCCUGAAACAACAAACGGGCGCUUUAUAUUCACUGGGAAAGUGAGUGCCGGAGACUGUUCCUUCUCUAUCAGUGAUGCACAACCAGGAGAUACUGACCGGUACCAGUUCAUAAUUGAGGAUAGAGAUGGUUUAUUAUUUUUUAACUUUGGUACCCAACCAUCUGUAUCUGUGACAGAACCUGAUAUAUCUCCCACCGAGGGUCUGAUCGCUGGGGAAGAAGUGACUCUGACUUGCACUGCUCCUACAAACUGCCCUGGGCUCUCUCCAACCUUCACAUGGGAAGGGAGUGUAAAUACAGAAAGAACACAGAACCAUACAUUGCGGCACCAAGAUGGGAACUUCAGCUACUGGUCCAAUAUCACUUUCACUCCAUCACUGAGGGACCAUAAUUCCUCCUUAUCCUGUACAGUGACUUAUAAACAUGGGUCCGCAAAUACAAGCAUCACCUUGCAUGUUGUAUAUCCCAAUGAAAUGUGUUUUGAUUCAAAACUGAUUCCUGUAAUGGUGGCUGGAAAUAUUUUAAUUUUAGCUCUGAUGGGCCUGGGAAACUUCUGGUACCUCAAAAGGAGCAGGAAAAUGCAAGAGAAAGGUAAAAUAAGAGAAGAUCCCAAGCUGAAGGCUGAAGAGGCUGAAUAUGAGACCCUGAAAGCCCAAGCCCAGGACACGUACAGCACACUGAAUGUAUCAAACAGCAACAGGACUCGCUGA